AUGAGUAGCGGCGUUGAAGAUGAAGUUAAUCUGAAUAUGAUGCUACCACCAGGUUUUAGGUUUAAGCCAACAGAUGAAGAACUAUUGUUGGAUUAUUUAAAGCCCAAGCUGAUGAACCAGAAGUUGCCACCAAAUAUGAUCAACUCUUAUGAUCUUUAUAAAUACAAUCCGAUUACUCUAACGGAAACAUUUAAAAAGCGUAAGGAUGAUGAUGAAUGGUACUUUUUUACCACAACUACUCGAACAUCUCAAACCACCGGCAGAACUAGCCGUACAACCCCAGAGGGAUUUUGGUUAGCGACUCAAGGUGACAAAGAGAUCACUCUUACACGUGGAAGAGUUGAUCAUCAAGAAAACCCUAAUAGUAGGAAAAGGAAGACAACAACAAAUGAUAAUAUCAUUGGAUACAGAAAAAUGUUGGUUUACUACUUCAACAAAAAGAAUAAACCAGAUGGCAGCAGAAAAACAAGUAGUAAGAAAGAUGCAGGUGACAAAACAGAUUGGAUAAUGUACGAGUACGUGUUAUUAUGCUACGACACUCAUGAAGGUGGUGAUGUUAGCAGUAAGAAGAGGCAUGAACUGGUUUUGUGUCAAAUCCAUAACAGCCGUAAGACACCUCCACCAUCAGCACCCAUGACCACUUCAUCCCCUCCAAAAUUCUCAUCUCCAAUAACACAGGAACCGGAAGUAGAAGCAGCUACAGUACAUCAUCAGCAAAACGAGUAUCUUCCAGUACAAGAUCAACAAUACGAGUAUCUCCCAGUACAAGAUCAACAAGACGAGUAUCUUCCAGUACAAGAUCAACAAUACGAGAAUCUUCCAGUACAAGAUCAACAAGAGGAGCAUCUUCCAGUACAAGAUCAACUAAACAAGUAUCUUCCGGUACAAGAUCAACAAGAGGAGUAUCUUCCAGUACAACAUCAACAAGAGGAUUACGUGGAUAUGAUACUAGAGAACAACAAGGACUUAAUAAAUCAAUUAGAUGAUCAAGAGUGGAGCUUUUCAAUAGACGAUUUCAAUCUUGACGAUUUGGUUGUUUAG